AUGGAUUGGGGUGAAAGAACGAUCGUGGAAGAUCAGCAAAGUGUUGAUGGAUUGCGGGCGGAUACGCGACAUGAGCCACCGGCACAUCAGCAGCAGCAUCUGCUCCAGCAGCCACUGCAACAGCCGCUGCUCCAACCGGUCCAGCAGAUCCAUACGUAUAUGCCGCAAUCUACAACGCCUUCCCUUCAGCCUCCACCUCAUCAUAGUCCACUAUCACUGGCAAUUCCGAUUUCUGACGCACUGCGACAUCGCACUGCCGAAGCCGAUUCGAUAGGAUGCGUGGAAGUGCUGGCCACCGUGUGCUCGAUCGUGCUGAUGGUCCUGACCCUGCCGAUCUCGCUGUUUCUCUGCUUCAAGGUAGUGCAGGAGUACGAGCGUGCCGUCAUCUUUCGACUCGGUCGAUUACGUUCCGGUGGGGCGCGCGGUCCGGGCGUCUUCUUCGUCCUGCCCUGUAUCGACAACUACUGCAAGGUUGAUCUACGUACCGUGUCGUUCGAUGUCCCACCGCAGGAGGUACUGACGCGCGACUCCGUCACCGUGUCCGUCGAUGCCGUCGUGUACUAUCGCAUUCGGGAUCCGCUUAAUGCCGUAGUGCAGGUAGCCAACUACAGCCAUUCGACGCGGCUACUGGCGGCCACAACGCUUCGGAACGUGCUCGGUACGAGGAAUCUUUCCGAGUUGCUGACGGAAAGAGAAGCCAUCUCGCACUCGAUGCAGGUCACGCUGGACGAGGCUACCGAUCCGUGGGGUGUUCAGGUAGAACGUGUUGAGAUUAAGGACGUUUCACUGCCGGAUUCGCUGCAACGCUCGAUGGCAGCAGAGGCGGAAGCGGCACGCGAAGCCCGUGCCAAGGUGAUCGCCGCCGAAGGUGAGAUGAAAUCGUCCCGCGCACUGAAGGAAGCAUCCGACAUCAUGUGCGAAAGUCCGGCCGCACUACAGCUGCGCUACCUGCAAACGCUCAGCAGCAUUGCCGGCGAGAAGAACUCCACGAUCGUGUUUCCGCUGCCGAUCGAACUGAUCGGACCGCUGAUGAACUUUACGUCCUCGCUGGGGGUGCAGCGCACCACGGCACCGAUGCCGGCACCGUGUGGACCGUCCACGACGACCAGCACAUCGUCACCGUUGGACGGCCAUCCCGGGCAUCAACCGCCACUCGAGUAG